GAGAGGAAAGUGGUAGUUUCCGACCGUCUUUGAAGGUAACAGGUCCAUUAUGGCGUCGCCCACGCCACAGCGGAUAAAUGUUUUCUCUGCAGAUGUGUAUUGAACGUGCAGAUUCCAUUAAAAGCUCUUUUAAAAUGAGACCUGCGGCCAGCGUCCAAGGUGAGACGCCUUCACACCUCCGGAGACGUCUGAAGUUUGCAGCGGAUCCACUGCAGUGCCAGCCGGCGUUGAUGGCCGCGUCGUUCACACUUUGCAACUCCGCGUCACCUUUGAUCGCUGCCUCAUUUAAGUGCCGGGGCUCUCCCGGCUCUGGCAAGAUCAGUUUGUGGGUAUAUCGCGGCGAGGAAACAUGUCUGCAGUCCAUGGAAAUCCGCCCCUUGGGGAUCUGAAUCACUUCCAGAUGUACCACGAAGGCAACCUCCAGAUGAGCAACAUCGUCAAUGCAGAUUUUAGAGCCACGGAUGUAACCAACUACCUAGCUUCUGCAGCUUCAAUGCCAAGAGUGGAUAAAUGCGUGGCCAUAUUGACCCACAGAAGAAAGAGGACCAAUUUCACUCAGCAGCAAAUUGAAGUGCUGGAGAAAGUCUACUCUGACACCAAAUAUCCGGAUAUCUACUUGAGAGAGAGACUGGAGGCUCUCACCGGGCUGCCCGAGUCCAGAAUUCAGGUGUGGUUCCAAAACAGGAGAGCCAAAUCACGUCGGCAAGUAGGCUCCUCAGCCAUGAAGGCCCCCAACCCGCCUGCAUCCUUCAGCCAACUCCAGAACAGGAUGGCUACAGAGAAAGCAGUGUAUGAUAACAGCCACAGCACAGAGGCUCACAGGACAUCUGCUUUUAGACUAGAAGACAGCUACAGACCCCCAGUGCACCCAAAUGCAGAAGAUCAGCACAGGACUGGUGUAUCAGCAUCCUGUGUGUACGACAAAGACGCCAGCCGAGUGAAGCCUGAGCAGAUGCAGCUCCACGAGCUAACUGUCAACGUCCCCUCCAGCAACGUCCUCCUUUACCCCAACGAGCACCGGCACAAAGUCCAAACCGGCAUGACCGGCAACCAUACUCCCAAGGUUUUGGUGGAAUAUGACAACUUCCCACCCAACAAGACCAUCGGACCAGAGAUGAAAGUGGUGAUUCCGCCCAUCCCCACGCAGAAUAACUAUAGCAGGUCAUCGCCCAAAGACGCCGGGGGCCAGAUACAGUACCCCCAAGUGAGGGCUGCAGGGGAUGGCUUCAGUAGCUUCUCUCCAAUCCACGGAGCUGAGACACCGGACUUUUCUGAUUCAGACUCCGAUUGGGAGAGUGAAGCCAUGGUUGGCUUUGGUGGUUUUAUGUAAUGUGCUCUACAGAGAUUUGUAU